GGAAGCAAAUAAUGCAUGUCCUCGAAUGUGCAAAAGUCAUUUCGUUGACUACGAUCUCAGAGGUUUUCCUCUAGAGCGCAUAUAUAAGCAUCUUGACGAAACCAAGGAAAUUCAGAGUAUCUUGGAACCUGAAGCAGAUGAACAACAUCUUGUGGCCAACAUAGUUGAAAACGCUGAUUAUGUUGACAGAAGAGUUACCUGGAAUGCUGCUCUAAGAGAUAAUCAGGUCGUGUGUUGGGAAGAUCUCUAUGAUAGAGAUGUGUCAAAUCGAGAAAUAGAAAUGACGACGAAAGAAAAUGAUAAAGAAGCUCAAGUUGGGAGAAGAGGUCAAGUUCAGAAAGCAGUGCCAAGAAAAAAAGAUGACAGAUAUAUGAAUCGCCUUAAACGGCAGCUUUACCGGAGAAUUGACCAGAGGGUUGCGGAAGUGGGAAAAAGUCUUCUGAAUCCGUCUCAGUCUAAUAUCGAGAAAAGAGAAGAGGAAAGAGAACAGGGGCUAGGGACUGUAGGUGGAACGGAUCAUUUUGCUCGCGAAGUUCUAAUGAAUGUUACUCCCAUGCACCCUUCAGCGUCUCGUUCUCCUACUAUUCCCGUGAUUGACGCAGGAAAGCAGAAGGGAACGCGUGAGAUUUUGAAGUGCUACUUGAUCAACCCUAAUGGUAGUAAGGAUGUUGUUGCAAUAGGGGUUAGAGAUCCAAGCCGUUUAGUUAUCCACAGUGUACCCGUGAAGCCUCAUGAAGUUGUUGUGACAGUUUCUGAGGUCAAGAUAGACAUACCUGUUUGGGAACCAAAAGAUGACGUUGAGAUGCUAAGUAAUGCAGUUGGCGCAUACAUUGUCUGGCCAAAGGACAGUGUAUUACCUUAUGAGGAUGAGGAUGAAGAAGACAAGGCAGAAGACAAGGACAAUCUCUACCAAAGCGAUCAACGCAACCGAGUUGUUAAUGAAGAGAAUCCUGGCACAAGAAAAAGAAAAAGAGAAAAAGAGAAUCAGAGUUUACAGCCUUCAUAUUCCCCCGCUUUUCAGUCUCUAGGGACUGUAGGUGGAACGGAUCAUUUUGCUCGCGAAGUUCUAACGAAUGUUACUCCCAUGCACCCUUCAGCGUCUCGUUCUCCUACUAUUCCCGUGAUUGACGCAGGAAAGCAGAAGGGAACGCGUGAGAUUUUGAAGUGCUACUUGAUCAACCCUAAUGGUAGUAAGGAUGUUGUUGCAAUAGGGGUUAGAGAUCCAAGCCGUUUAGUUAUCCACAGUGUACCCGUGAAGCCUCAUGAAGUUGUUGUGACAGUUUCUGAGGUCAAGAUAGACAUACCUGUUUGGGAACCAAAAGAUGACGUUGAGAUGCUAAGUAAUGCAGUUGGCUCAUACAUUGUCUGGCCAAAGGACAGUGUAUUACCUUAUGAGGAUGAGGAUGAAGAAGACAAGGCAGAAGACAAGGACAAUCUCUACCAAAGCGAUCAACGCAACCGAGUUGUUAAUGAAGAGAAUCCUGGCACAAGAAAAAGAAAAAGAGAAAAAGAGAAUCAGAGUUUACAGCCUUCAUAUUCCCCCGCUUUUCAGUCUCUCGACGAGCCGGAACAGACGGGAGCGAACCAAGAAGAUGACGGUCAGCUACAGCUUCAUCAGAAGCCAUUGAAGGUCUAUGUGAGGCAAGAGAGAGUGACUUAUUUCUUUGAGAGGCUGGUGGGUAAUGAGCAGGUUGCACUCAGGACACCAAAUCAACUUGGAAAUGGAAGGAAGAAGCCAUAUAUAACCCAGGGUGGACGCAAAGUUUAUAGUCCAGACAGGUUCACGUUUGCCACAUAUGAGUAAAUGGACGCUGGUUCUGAUGUUUAAGACACAGAAGUUUGAGUUGAGAAUCUGGUUUGUUUUGUCUGGUUUAUUUUGUCUGUUGCGAUGAUUAGGAAUGAUG